AUGCCGCGCCACAUCGGCAUGAUCGCCGCCGCCGCGCUGCACCACCACGGCGGCGCGAGCGCGGUCGCGAUCGCCGGCGCGGCGGCGGCGUUCCUGGCCGUGUGCGCGCUGGCGCUGGCGCUGUGCGCGUCGCACUCGGCCCCGGCGGCGGCGGCGUCAGCGAGGCUGCGGCGCGCGCUGGCCAGCGUGAGCCGGCGGCGGACGGACCCGGCCAUCGUCAGCGUCCACCAGGUGCAGCCCGGCUGCGGCGGGGACGACGCCGGGAUGGCGUCGCCGCCGGCGUGCGUGUGGCAGAGGGGCAUCCUGAUGGGGGAGAAGUGCCAGCUGCCGGACUUCUCCGGGGUGAUCAACUAUGACCCCGCCGGGAACAUGCUCGCGCCCGGACGCCCUCGGGCCGUGCCGCUGCCACCGCUUGGCUGGUGA